AUGUCUACCAAUCCCGCCUUCAGCUCCCGGACGCAGACCCUUCAGAAGUAUCUGAAGCUCGACCAAAAGAACAAGAUCAUGGCCGAGUACGUCUGGAUCGACGCCGGCGGUGACACCCGCUCCAAGUCCAGGACCAUUGAUCCCACAAAGCUCGAGAAGGAUGCGGACGGCAAAUACAAGGAGCUCAAGCCUGAGGAGGUCAGCCUCGACCUCCUCAAGAACUGGAACUUUGACGGUUCCUCCACCGACCAGGCUCCCGGCAACAACUCGGAUGUGCUCCUGAAGCCCGUCGCCAUGUACCCCGACCCCUUCCGCGGCUCCCCCAACAUCAUCGUCCUCUGCGAGUGCUGGAACGCCGACGGCACCCCCAACAAGUACAACUUCCGCUACGAGUGCAACAAGGUCAUGGAGGCCUACAAGGACGAGGUCCCCAUGUUCGGUCUCGAGCAGGAGUACACCCUCAUGAGCCUGCAGGACUGGCCCGUCGGCUGGCCCACGGGCUUCUUCCCCGCCCCCCAGGGCCCCUACUACUGCGGUGUCGGCGCCGGCAAGGUCGUCGAGCGCGACAUUGUCGAGGCCCACUACAAGGCCUGCCUCUACGCCGGCAUCAACAUCUCCGGCACCAACGCCGAGGUCAUGCCCGCCCAGUGGGAGUUCCAGGUCGGCCCCGUCACCGGCAUCGACAUGGGCGACCAGCUCUGGGCCGCCCGCUUCUUCCUCUCCCGCAUCGCCGAGGACUUUGGCGUCAAGGUCUCGUGGCACCCCAAGCCCAUCUCGGGUGACUGGAACGGCGCUGGCCUGCACUCCAACUUCUCCACCAAGGCCACCCGUGGCGAGGUCGAGGGCAAGAAGGGCAUGGCCGUCAUUGAGGACCUCAUCAAGAAGCUCGAGCCCCACCACCUCGAGUGCAUCAAGGAGUACGGUGACGACAACGACCUGCGCCUCACUGGCCGCCACGAGACCGGCUCCAUCGACAAGUUCUCCUGGGGCGUCGCCGACCGUGGUGGCUCCAUCCGCGUGCCCCGCGAGGUCGCCGCCGAGGGCCAGGGUUAUUUCGAGGACCGUCGCCCCGCCUCCAACGCCGACCCUUACCGCGUGACCAAGGUCCUCAUGACCUCCAUGUUUGGCAAGCUGUAA